CCUGUUCCACCAAGCCCGCCCCGGCGAGCCGGUGCUGGAGAAGCGCGGCCGGCGCGACAUUUUUGCAGUCGCAGCACCGCGUUUUGCAGUCGAAGCACCGCAUUUUGCAGUCGAAGCACCACCCAGGUGCCGAGCAUAGAACAACUCUGCCGCAGAAACCCCGGUUUUCUGCCCGGCCCAGAGCCACAGACGCAGAGAGCCACAGGCACUGCCCAGCCCGCGCCGCCGUUGGCAAGCCCCGGCCCGCCGGCAGGCAUUUUUGCAGUAUGCAAACUUCGGCGCUGGCCCAUCGCGAUGAACGCCGCGAAGACAAAUUCUCUCGGGCCCCAGCCGGCCCGUCCUACAGAGCACCCAUCCACCAGCUCGCCCGUCCAAUAGCUCACCACAGGCACAGGCCGACCCCCGCCCGCAGGCCCGCUGCCCUCGACUCACAUUCCAAGAACAUGUCUUCGCCCGCCAAGUUGGCUUUCGCCGUGGCCGCCACGGCGCUCGUCUCUGUCGCCGCAGUCGAGGCGUUCCACUACUUUCACGACACAAAACCGCCGUGCCCCCACGACACAAAACCGCCGUGCCCCCACGACACAAAGCCGCCAGCGGCGCCGCACGCCGGCAGCCCGGGCACGGGCAAAAAACCGCAUUCCGAGGAGCUCAUCCGCGAGCAGCUCGCGCGCAACUACGCGUUUCUCUCCGAGGAAGGCAUGGCCAAGGUGCGCGGGCAGCGCGUGGUGGUCGUCGGCGCCGGCGGCGUGGGCUCGUGGGUGGCCACCAUGUUGGUGCGCUCCGGCGUGCAGACGCUCCGCGUGAUCGACUUCGACCAGGUGUCGCUCAGCUCGCUCAACCGGCACGCGGUGGCCACGUUGCAGGACGUGGGCACGCCCAAGGUCGAGUGCUUGCGCACGCACCUCGCCCGCGUGGCGCCGUGGGCGGACGUCCAGGUGCGCAACCAGCUCUGGGACGCCGCGUGCGGCGAGCAGUUGCUCUUGGGCGGCGCGUUCCGGCCCACGCUCGUGGUGGACUGCAUCGACAACAUCGACACCAAGGUGGAUCUCCUCGCGUUCUGCCACGAGCGGGGGCUCGCGGUGGUGUCGUCGGGCGGCGCCGCGUGCAAGGCGGACCCCACGCGCAUCAACAUCGCCGACCUCCUGCGCACCGAGGAGGACCCGUUGGCGCGGGCCGUGCGGAUCCGCUUGGGCAAGCGCGGCGUGCUCGACAACAUCCCGGUGGUGUUCAGUGCCGAGAAGCCGGACCCGCGCAAGGCGCGGCUCUUGCCCUUGGACCCGGCCGAGGCCGCCCGCGGCGACGUGGACCAGCUCGCGGCGUUGCUGAACUUCCGCGUGCGCAUCUUGCCGGUCUUGGGCACCAUGCCCGGCAUGUUCGGCCUUGCGGUGGCCACGCACAUCCUCACCUCCGUGGCCGGCUACCCGACCGAGUACGUCGAGGGCAAGAACCGCAUCAAGGUCUACGACGGCGUGCUCCAGAGCUUGGCCGGCCAGCAGGCCCGCACCGGCCGCCCCGACCAGCGCACGCCCAUAAGCCUCCGCGACGUGCCCUACAUCGUGGAGGAGGUGUUCCGGGGCAAGUCCGUGGUGUCGAGCUACUCCACGCGCUUGACGCUCUCGCGCUGGGACCCCGCGCACGAGCUCCUGUUCCAGAACAUCGUGGUCAUGACGAAGGACGAGCAGAAGCUGCACGAGGAACGGGUCUUGAAGGGCGGCGAGGCCUUGGCCCUGGUGUACGCCCCGGACGUGCUUGCGAGAGUGGACGAGAGGUUCAGGCAGGAGAGGUUCUACUCGUCGUUCCGCUGAUGGUUUGCUUGUCGUGAUGGCACUUGUCGCUGCUGAUGGCACUUGUCGUGAUGGCACUUGUCGUUGCUAAGGUUCAUGGCACUGGGCCUGCCGACGUCGCCCGGGGUGCCCGCAUCCAACUAGUCUAAUAAACCCACACCCACCACUAACGUCCUUGACAAGUGCGUUCGCAGUAGUUCGUCUCC